GUGACGCCGCGAUACUCACUCACACAAGUCGGAGGCGAGAAGCGUUUUGUUUCUUUUUUUUCUCCCUUUCAGUUGUGUGCGCUUAUUGUUUGUCCGCUCGGUUGUUGUCCCUCAGAUGUGUUACCGUCUCACACACACAGACACAGACACACACUCUCUCUGACAGAGUCGCUGCACGGCUCUUCAGCGCUCUCCCCUCACGCGGCGCUAUUUUGACAGUCGGGGUCGCAGUGAACCGAGUCAAGCUAGCAGCACCAUUUACAUUAGCAUCGAUAGACCUUGACGGGAUUUUUCCACCCGGACACCGAGACCCACGGCCAGCGACACGGGCUCCUGACAGGAGGACAGACCAUGCUGCUGCACUGAGCCGGAGGGAGAGAAAAGAGAGAGCCCUCAGAGGACUGCUGACGUGGUGGCUGGCCUGUUUUUGUGCCCCUCCUCCUUAUCUGACAGCUGUCUUUUCAGUUCACCCUAUUGCUCUCCACCCCGAGGGCUAAGGCUUGCUAUGGACGUUGCUUUUCCCCCUGCUGCAGCCCUGACCAGUGCCCUACCUUAGUGGGUUCCCCUCUUCUUCCUGUGUGUGGUUCCCAUCCAGACUCACUGUACAGAGUCCAGCACAGAUCUGGUACCACCUACAGCCACUCCUGGGUCCUCCACCCAACCCCCUCCCCUACUCCCACCCUCCCCCCUCCCCUAAGAAGAUGUCGGUGAGCCUGACAACAGACAUCGAGCAGGAGGGAGAGAGUGGGCUUCUCAUCGAGCCCUGCAGUCGAGGCAAGACCUCCCCUCAACCACAGGGCACUAAGGAGGGGACAGGGGAGGGCCUGGAGCCCGAGGAUAGCUCCUUACAGGAUGCACAGAAACGAGGUCCUAACCAUAGCCAUGGCAGGAAAAGGCCCAAGUCUAAUGCCAAACUGAAGCUGGUACGGAGUCUGGCAGUGUGUGAGGAGUCCUCUGGUCCAUUCUCCAUUGAUGGAACUCCAGAAUCGGAUAUCAUCCAGCUUCACAUCAGCUGUCCAUCAGACAAGGAGGAGGAGAAGUCAUCAAAGGAUGAAUAUGAAAAUGAUGAGAAGGAGAAGAAGGACAAGACUCCACGAAAGAUGCUCUCACGUGACUCCAGUCAGGAAUACACCGAUUCCACGGGCAUUGAUGUUCACGAGUUUCUGGUCAACACACUGAAAAACAACCCCAGGGAUCGAAUGAUGCUGCUCAAACUAGAACAAGAUAUCCUGGAGUUCAUUAAUGACGACAAUAACCAGUAUAAGAAGUUUCCACAGAUGACGUCUUAUCACCGUAUGCUGCUGCACCGUGUGGCUGCCUACUUCGGCAUGGACCACAAUGUGGAUCAGACUGGCAAGGCUGUCAUCAUCAACAAGACGGGCAACACACGCAUCCCUGAGCAAAGGUUCUCUGAACACAUCAAGGAUGAGCGUAAUGUGGACUUUCAGAAGAAAUUCAUCCUGAAGAGAGAUGAUGCCAGCAUGGACAAGGAUGAUAAUCAGAUCCGUGUGCCACUGCAGGACGGGCGGCGUAGCAAGUCAAUUGAAGAGCGGGAAGAGGAGUAUCAGCGAGUACGAGACAGGAUCUUUGCCCGAGAAGUGUCCUAUUUUUUACAGUCUUCUCAAAAUGGAUACAUCAACGACAGCAGAGGGAAUCGUGAGAGCUCCAGUCGGGCAUCUAGCAGUCGUCAAAGCAGCACAGACAGUGACAUGAAAUGCCUGGAGCCACGGCCCUGGAGCAGCACUGACUCAGAAAGCUCCAACCGCACCCUUCGGCCACCCGUCACUAAGGCCAGCAGCUUCUCUGGCAUAUCCAUUCUCACCAGAGGGGAUAGCCUCGGCAGCAACAAAGGAUCACAGGGGAGCUGCAAAGGCUCUCGAUCUGGCCUGUCCCUAGUCAGUCCCGAUGUGUGUCCCCCACCCGCAGCCUCCCAGUCCAGUCGUAGCCUGCUUCCCUGCCCAUCACAGCAGCCACAGCCCCAGGUUCAGCCUCAGACUGCCCUGCUGCCCACCCCACAGCAACACCCCAUGGGAAACCACAUGAUCGCUCAGGGAGAAGAGCUGGCGCCCCAGUUCAACCAGAUGACGCUGAGUCGGCAGGGGUCCAGUGAGAACCCUGAGCCUCAAACUAUGUAUCAGGCUGCUCCCACGGUGCUGUCCCAGCACCCUCCUCCACAGACCGGCUACAUCAUGGCAACCACAGGCCAGCCUAUGCAGCCUCCGUCUGGGUACCAGCCUGCAACUGGACACCCUCAUCCUCCACCUCCACCACCCCCCCCAUCGCAGUCUGUAAUGCAGGCUCCACCUCCCCCACAAGGCUACAUGCAGCCCCCUCCACCGCAACAGAUACAGGUGUCGUACUAUCCUCCUGGUCAGUAUCCCAGCUCAGGCCAGCAGUACCGUGUGCCCCAGCCCAUGUCUCACCAGGUGUCUUAUCCUGCCCAGCGCACACAACCUAUGCCUCAGCCCACACAGCAGUCAGGUAUCCAGACGAUGAUGCCCAGCCAGCAGCCAAGCUACCAGAGCAUGAUGGGUGUGCAGCAGCCCCAAAACCCUGCUCUGCUCAAUUCCCAGAGGGCAGGCAUGGGAGGACAAAUGCAAAGCAUAAUGGUCCAGUACCCCCAGAUGCCAUCAUAUCAGGUGCCUGUGGGAAAUGAAAAUCAGCAGGUGGUGCAGCAGCAGUACCAGCAGCAGGUGAUGGUACCAGUCAGCCAGUCUGUGCAGGGGCCCAUGCCUGUCUACUACAGUGUUAUCACACCCACACAGCAGAAUAGCACAAGCCCGUCUGUGGGUUAUCUGCAGCCCAGCAAUGAACAGUAUCAAAUCACACAGUCACCAUCCCCCUGCAACCCCCAGCAGUUGCAGCAGCAAUAUUCAGGAGUUCCCCCUCCUGGGCCUGGGGUGAUGGUCAUGCAGCUCAGCGUCCCCAAUGGACCACAGCCUUCCCAGAAUCCUCCACUGGUUCAGUGGAACCCAUGCAAAUACUACAGCAUAGAGCAGAGACCCAGCAAGCCAGGAGAGCUCUACAAGCCUGACAACACUCCACAGGCCAGUACCCAGCUGCCAAGUCCCCUGGCCUCCCCCACUCAGUCGCCCACCCCAUCUCCCUCUGGCAGUGUCAGCAGCGUCUGUCAAGGCCUCGGACCAUUACCCCUCAUUUCCCAGUUUCCCCGGCCAGGAGGACCAGCCCAAGGAGAUGGGCGCUACUCUCUGUUGGGGCAGCCUCUCCAGUACAGCCUUUGUCCGCCUGGCCUCAUACAUGGCCAGUCCUCCUACAGCUCCCAUCAGGGCCAAGGAGUAAUGAAACACGGGUCACGAGGCAAAAAACAACCACUCAAAUCUGCAUCAACGGAUCUCGGCACCACUGAUGUUGUGGUGAGUCGAGUACUCGAGGUAACGGACCUGCCGGAGGGGAUUUCACGCCCAGAGGCUGAAAAGCUCUUCAACCAGCUGUCAAUGUGCGGUGCCAAGAUCCAGUGGCUGAAGGAGCCCCAGGGAGGCCGCGGGGGAGCGGGGGGCUGCGGCCCCUGUCCCGGCGCAGGGCCUUCCAGUAGGGGAGCGAAGUGCGACGGCCACGACCCGGCUCACCUCUACACAGUAGUGGCAGUGUUUCCCAGCACCAUGGCCGCCCAGAGUGCUUCCUUCAAACUCAACAACAGCGGGGCCAGCCUCUUCAAACUGAGGGCCGCCAAAAAGAACUAUGACCUGCGCGUGCUGGAGAGAGCCAGUUCUCAGUGAAAGAAAACGAGAGUGGGAGGAGAGAAGGAAAGUGACAGAGACAGAAAGAAAGAGAGACUCUUGGUGGAUUGGUGGAAAAGGAAGGUGGACUGAGGGGGACUGCUCUAGGUGUACAAUUCAAAAACGAGAAAAGAAAAAAAAACUUGAGUUAAACUUGUAAAAGGGAAGAAGGUGUGAAUCAGGAGGUGGCUGGUGAUCGGUUGCAAUUAUGAUUUUGUCGUUUGUUUUUAUUCAUUGUUUUUGUUUUGUAUUUAUAUAGCAGAAGAGCACACAAGACACGUGAGCAUGUGUUUCACUGUUGCCGUGGACUGUGUGCAGCCAUUAUACAAUAACAUGCAAUGACACACAAACACACACACACAAACACACAUCCCAGGAGACAGACACACAAACACAGGCAACAGGGUCACAUAGCACAUAACAAAUACACACUGGACAGUCGACCUCAGUCAAACCUUUUCCUCCUCUUCCUCCUCACCCCCUCUGCUCUCCAACCCUUCGUCCCUUUUCUGCCUCCACUUUCUCUCCUCCCUUCACUCUCCAUCACCCAGCCGUCUGCUAAUCUCACAUAUUUAUAAAUUUUUCAUACGCACAGUUGCGCUCGCUCGCUCGCUCUCUCCCCCCUCUCUUUCUCUCUCUCUCUCUCUCUCUCUCUCGCCCCUCCCUCGCCGCUGCUCCCUCUUUUCUUGCCAUGUGUCAUAUCUCCGCUCCUGUCCCUCUCAUGUACUCUCUGCUCUCUCCCCUCUCUUGCUUUCUGUUUGCCUUACUGCUGUUGUGGGUUUCUGUAUUGCGCUGUUUUCAGUUUUUUUUCUGAGAUUUUUUUUCUUUUUUUGGGGUUCAAUAUAUUUAUAUAAGUGAUGUAAGGAAUAAAAUAAAUCUAUAUAUUCAGUGAUUUUUUUCUUUCUUUCCCUGAGUGACAAAAGUUUAGGCCUUCCUUUUAUCCUCCCCUCCUCUUCAUCCCCUUCUCUUCCCCUUCUGCCCUCUACCUCACUUCCUCUGUCCUCUACCCCCCCCCCCUCGCUCCACCCCGACGCCCCACUGUGUUUGCGUUUUUUUUGUUGACAGCUGUGCAGAACGUAUCAGAAGAAGUAGUGUAAGUGCACAAUGAUUGCAUAUGUCUACUGUAAAUUUUAUUUAAUCUGUUAUUUUUUGUUUGUUUUUAAAAAUAUAAAAGUCGAGAAAAAAAUCUAUCAAAACA